CCCCAAACAUCCCCGCUCCUCAGUCUAAACCACGCGAACAACGCAUCCUUGCGGGCGUAGUUUUGUUUUGGGUGUGCAGAACAACGCUGACCACGCGGUUGUUGUUGUGAAGUCUCUUCUCUGGAACGUCUUCCCAAACCGCCACGUGCGCUUGCGGUGAUUUUUAGGUGGUCAGUUAAAAAGGUAUGGAUGUGGGUCAGGGGAUGUCAUCCCCGACCACUGGCAUGACAUCGUCUCCAAGAUCAUUGCAGACACCACCAAACUUAGACAAUAUGACACUUGGAGGUGGAGACGGUAACCCUUCUUCUAACGGGGGGAUGGUGAGCCCCAAGCAACACGUCACCGGACUUUCUCAAAUGGGGUCACCAGGAUCAUCCUUAGGUCGUAGCUCUUCCGUAAGUCCACCAGGUCCGGCAUUGUCCCUAGUGACCACCAAGCCCUACCAGGCUUCAUCCUCCCAACCCAACGGUGGAUUGCCACCUAGUUUACCUCGAUCAUGCGGACAAAAUCUCAUGCCACACCACCAGGUGAGCCAUCCACAGAUGGGGCACCCACCUUUGGGGUACCACCGGUCACUUCACCCCUCUUCAUCCCCACCGGGUAUCGCGGCCGACAUGACAACGAACGAUUGUCGUCUCAUAGACUACCGGGGCGCAAAGGUGGCAGCCUUUUUAGUGCAUGGUGACUAUUUGUUAUGCUUGCCCCAGGCUUUCGAACUUUUCUUGAAGCAUCUGGUGGGUGGACUACAUACUGUUUACACAAAACUCAAGCGACUCGACAUAACUCCUAUUGUUUGCAAUGUAGAGCAGGUUCGGAUCCUAAGGGGUCUAGGAGCCAUUCAACCUGGCGUUAAUCGAUGCAAAUUGUUGUCUUGCAAAGAUUUCGAUGCUCUUUACAAAGACUGCACAACUGCCAGGCGAUGUUUUAGUGCUGGCCGAGACAUCCCGCAUCAUGAGCUGGCAGCCACAUCAUCAAUAUACGGUCCCAUUGACAAUAGCUCAAGGCCUGGCCGACCCCCCAAAAGAGUGUCUAUGGUGAGCAUGACAUCUGGGGUGACUACUACAGGAAUGGUGAAGAAAUCUAGGCUAGAUAGCGAUUACCACUCCUAUGAAAAUGGUCAUAUAACAGGUGAUCGGCUGGACAAGCACAUGUUACCAAACGGUUAUGGUCAUCCAGGCACAACAAGUCAUUUGUCUCCUUUACCCUUCAUGGCUCUCAAUUCCUCUCACCACAAUAGUGUCAUCACGGGAGGUGUUUCUAUGGCAACCACAGCCACCCACUCUUCGCACGCCUCAUCCAGAGGGGAUGUCACGAGGGAACGGCAGAUGGGAAGUGAUGUCAUAGCCUCCACAAGCUACCUUGAUUUGGUGAAUAAAGUCAAGUCCUAUUUCAGGUUAAGAGAUGAUCGGGUUGAUGCAUCGGAUGGUAAAGAUAGACUCUACUAUGAUGUGUCUAGGCAGAAAGAUAGCUACGUCAAUGGUACCGGCAAUAGUGGCCAUAGCCCCGUUUUAAAUCUCUCCCAAAAUAGCAGUCGAGGUGGCGGGGGAGGUGGAGGAGGGGGUGUUGGACUCCACAGUGCAGAGGGUAGUGGAAGUGAAGGACCAUACAAUGACGGAGCAGACGACGAUUACAGCGAUGACGACGAUGAUGACCGAGAUCAAGAUUUUAGUGAUCAUCCUGACGUGAGUAGUACAGCAAAUGGUGAGAGAUUGGCCCCUAGUCAAAUGUUUCCUUUCAGUCAUCUGGCUGUGGACGGAGGAUCUCCAACUGGUCAAGUGGUUUCAUCCAUUGAGACACUCCUCAGAAACAUACAAGGUCUCUUGAAAGUGGCCGCAGAUAAUGCUCGCCAACAAGAGAGGCAAAUCAAUAUAGAGAAAGCUGAACUGAAAAUGGAAGUUCUUCGAGAAAGGGAAUUGAGAGAAACCCUUGAGAAACAACUCUUAGAUGAACAGAGAACAAGAAUAUUAUAUCAAAAACGUCUAAAGAAAGAGAAAAGAUCUCGAAGGAGAUUCCAAGAACAAUUGGAGUCAGAAGUUAAGAAGAGGGCGCAAUACGAAGAAGCUCUAAGAACAACAUCUGCAGAUACUAUACGCCUUCUAAACGAUACUCUCACUCAAGAACUAGAGCGAGAAAGAAAUUCAUUAGCAGAAAGUGAAAAUAAUGCUCAUGAUUGCCAAAUGACAGCAUAGAUGAGAGAGAAAGAGAGAAAAAAAACCCUCUGGAAACCGUGCCGGUUGCGAUAUUUCCGAAUGACAUAAUGUGUAAUAUAAUAAAUUGAAAAAAAAAUGUUUUAUUGUAUAUUUGUUAAAAAAAAAUUCUGGAAGACUGAGAUCUGGAAUCCCAUUUUGUGUAUCCUGCAGCCGCUAUUGUUUUAAACUUUGCUAUAAGCAGCGUGGGAACCAAAACAGUGUUCAUAUUUUAAUAAUUUUCACCUAACCCUGUGAUUUUCAUUGACAUAUCCUAUCUACCGAGAUACGAAGAUUGAUGUGAAUACGAACGAUAAACUGCCACAUUUCAAAAUAUCCAUGGAAACAUAAUCAUCAAAAUAUAUUUCAAAAAGAAAUAUUAACAAUUGUUUUAAAGGUAUUCUAAAAGCUUAGUUUAAAGCCGAUAUGAAAUAUCGAAUUUGAAAAAUAGAUUUAUUUCUGAGUAUGCCAUAAUACCUAUGCUCUGAAUGAUUAUCGAAUGUGGCCAUAUAUUUAUCAUCAUCUACUAUUUAAAUGAAUUGGUAUAUGAUCUUAUAAAAAAGAAGAUGUGUAUAUAAUAUCUCUUGAACACUGAUAACAACAUUCAAGUAAACCUUCAUAAAACAAUAAACUGAUGUGUUAUCAGUUUAUAAGUUUUCAGCACUUUUACUUGCUUCAGAACAUUUCAAUAUGACUGAAAGACAAUUUUAUUGUUAACAUUUAAAUCUGGCUUUAAAAAAAAAACCUUUUUAUAAAUGUGCACUUGUUGUAGUUAGUUUAACAAUGGCAGAUUUAUGUUCUUUUUGAUACAUAAAAAAAUUAUCAUUUUACUAUUAAAGAUCUCUUAUGUAUUCUGUAGAGUGUUGGCUAUAUUGAAAUUUUAACAUCCUUAAGUGCGCGUCUGUUCUUAUUCUCUUGCGACUACUGAUAUUGUGAAUAUACAUUUACAUAAAUGUGCAAUUACAAUAAUGUAAAACAACAUAGUACUUAAUUUAUUUCCUUUUUCUAAGCAUUAUGUUGUGUAAAAAGUAUGUGAAUUUAUUUGAGUUUAAAUGUUAAAUAAUUAAACAGAAUUUUACCCCUUGCCUAUUACAUUUAUAAGUUCUAAAUGGAUGUUUUUAUAAGGAAAACUGUGAGACAUUAAUAUUUUAUCAAUUAUAAAAUAUUAAAUGGUGUAUAAACUAUUUAAAAUAUAAAAAUCUAACAAAGAAACAACAAUAAUAAGAAUGUAAUGUUGAAUUUGAUAAAAUAAAUAACUAUUUUAUAAAAUAAAUGUACAAUCUAAUAACUGAUAAAAUCAAGAUAACUAACAAAUGUAGACGAAGUCAUUGAAAAAUAAGAUUUUUAAUGCUAACUUAACAUUUAAAAUAACUAAAUACUAAAAAAAUGAUUUAAUCGAGGAUAUUUAAAUAAUGUACAAUAUAUAUCAAAGCAAAUUAUAUAUAGCACAAAUAUAAUUUAUGUAAUAUGAAAAAAAAACUAUAUGAUGUAAACCACUUUACAUACUUAAAGAACAAUUAUAAAACCUUUUAUGUUUUUAUAUAAAUUUUAAAAUAUUCCUAAUAUAAACAUUAAACUUCAUACCUAUUCAUUUUAUGCUUAUAGCAAUAAUAUUAUGAGGAUUAUAAAAGUUAAAACAUUAUAAUUAAGGAAUUCGAAACAUGUUUAGAUUUCUUUGGCAAUAUACUAACUUAUUUUGGAGACUUUUGACCGUAGAAUUUUGAAAAUAAUUUUGUAAAGUAUUUCUUGUGAAUGUACGCAUGAAUCAUCUAAAGCAAAACUGUUGAGUACACAGACACAUGCAGACAUUUUAAUUUUUCUUAGUUAUUUCAUACUGUGUGAAUGCAUCAGUAUAUUGUUAAGCAAUAUCUUAUAAGAUAUCAAGAAUCUGAGAUUCUAUACUUGUUUUGUAUAUACGUUAUUUUGUGUAUUAACGUAUUGUUUUAUGAAUGUCAAAUCGUAUAAGAAUGCCAAUAAAAUUUUAAAACACUGUC